CUACUGGAAAACAUGUAGCAGAAUUCAUCUAUCAAGUCAUUAUCUGUAGACAUGAAUGCCCAAAACAAAUUCUGUCUGAUAGAGAAACUUAUUUUCAAAAUGAAAUAGUAGAUGGAUUACUCAAACAAUUUGAGAUAAAACAGUUAUUAUCCAUGCCAUAG